AAACAGCAUAUAGGUCAAUAUCAGUAGGUCACUUCGAUAUAGUGUUUGUAGGUUUAUUAGAGUAGGUAGUGGUAAAUUAUGUUGAAGAAUUUGAUAUUUGUUUUUAUUCUUUUAAUUCACUUGCCUCAGGUGUUGAGUUUUACCUACGCUAUAGAAAUCCCUAAACUGAAGUGUAGUAAGGGCAAAGUGGAAAAUGGAACUACGACAAUAAGUGUUACCGGAAAAGAUGUUGGAGUUUUAAAGUUUGAGUGGAUGGUUAAUUUCAACAUUACCAAUAACUGUACUAGUCAGCGAUGUACACUGAUGGCUUGGAGAAGCGUACAAGACCUCUACAAAGCCUUAAACUACGCAAGCAAACCUACUGAAAUUAAAGUUAAUAACACAAUAUUGCUAGGAUCCGUUCGGUACAAGUUGAAUGUGACUACAAUAUCGAAUAAUACUAUUGUGGAAUCCAAAGAGUACGUCUUGGAGUGCGAUACUGGGGCUGAUACUGCUACACCUCCAAAGGAUAAGUUUCACAGUUUUCUGAGGCUGCUCGGACCAAACAUCACAUAUCCAGACAUGAUGUAUACAAUAAACGCUGUGGUUGUCGAUUUGGACAGCCCUUAUCACUUUCAGUGGGAAAUACAGGAUCAGUCCGAAAAAUUGGUGAAAAUUGAUCACACAAAGGGAUCAAUGCUGAGUUUUAGAUCGAAUCUACUAUUGACGGAUCAGCAGUACAUAAUUAAGUGUAGUGUUGUGGAUACAAAAGGGGAACCUCUGGCAACGUCAACACACGAUUUGGUAAUACUGAGCAGAGGAAUAUCCCUUAACAUUCCUUUAAAGAAGUUACAAGUCGGCGUCAACAGACCAUUUAAGCUCAACGCAUACUUUGAAGACGUUGACAAUCUCAAUGGGAGUGUUAAGCUCCAAUGGACGUGCCGUACAGAAAAAGAUGAAAAGUGUCCCAAUGUCAAAACGGAAAACUCAACUUUUCUUGAAAACCUCAAAUUUUCGAAAGUUGGAAGAUACACAAUCCAAAUUACAGCCGAAAAGAAUGACGCGAAAGUGUCAGAUUCUGUAGAAAUCACUGUAAUACGUGAUGGAUAUGUAAGUAUUGAGGUUGACGAUUUCGCCACACCUGUUGAUCCAUCCAAAGAGAUUACCGUACCGGUGUAUGUGACUGGUAUGGUGGCAGGUUGUACUUUGCAAUGGAUGUGCUUAAAUUUAACGGGAUACAGCUUCGUGGAUUUGACGAAAGCGCCUGGAAAUGUGCAUCUUCUAACUAAAGUAACUGUAAAAAGUAACGAAUUUUUGAACGAACUUGAUGAAUACUCCAAUGACACAGUCGACAAAGAUUAUAACUUGGUGUUGUCCAAACCUAAAGACUCUUGGAUGGGGUUGGGAAGUGAUACCAGUUAUAUGUUUAGACUGAAUGUUACGUGUCCCCUUCCUGAUAAUGACGACAGCCGUACCGAGCAAGUUCUUAAGCACGUUGUCGUCACCGCCCUUAUUUGUGUGGUUACAAGCCCCAUUCCAACCAUAAAUGAUCUAUCAGUCACCCCCAAUGCAGGAGUUGCACUCACCACCACCUUUCACUAUCAUUCCAACGACGAUUUUGGCAGUGUCAAAGGGGCGCCAUAUUUGUAUAAGUUUGGGUACAUCGUGAACAACCGUGACAUAUUUCUGUCCAAUGUGCUUGAUGAAAAAAGCUGGAAUAGCGUGCUGCCAUACGUAGGUUCUACAGAUAAAGGUGUAAAUACAGUUCUGGAAUGUUGCAACACUUACGCCAUGUGCAGUCAAAUCAAAGGCCCAAAAGUGUUGACAAGUUUACCGACAUAUUCCGAUGAUGAUAAAACUCGUUUUCAGUUCGAAAUAAGGCAAAUGAUGGAACGCCAAGAAUAUUCCACAGCUUUUGCUUACGCUACUGGUGUUCUUUUAACCUAUAAUAGUUUGAAGGACACAGCUUUAGUAAAAAACUUUGAAAAAUUCAUAACUGAAUUGGCCAAUGCCGAAACCAAAAAGCUACUUAAAUUAAUCGACAGUGGAAAUAAAAUCUGGAUCACCCCGAGCAAUAAUUUUAUCCGAGAUGCCGGUUUAAUUUUGGAUCACAUGUCUACAGAUGAACUACUCAAUUCAGUGGUUACUUUGAGGAACAAAUUAUCUAAGACGAAAGAUGUCGAAUACUUGAGUAAGCUUCAAGCUGCCACUGCCGAGCGUGCUCCUCAUUAUCAACACAAUAGUGAUUUACCUCCAGUUAUUCGAAGCAAGAGGGAAACUGACCGAAUCACUUUGGAGGAGGUCAAAAGUUAUUUGGUAAUCUCCGAGUUAAUAAUCACCAGUUCGAAAGAUAAGAAGGCGGUGCAACAAGAGAAGGAGCAUUUGGUGAACCAAGUCGAUAAGUUUAUGGUGCAAUUGUGCAGUACAGUUCACAAGAAACCUCAACCUAUAAAUUUGGAUUUGAAAACUGUAUCACUGGCAUUGGAAAAACUUAAUAAGAAUAACAUCAAUCGAUACUUCAACAUUCUAAGAGAGACAAACUCAUGGGACGUUAACGGAAGAAUCAAAUUGGGAAAAUGUUUCGUUGAAAAUGUAGGGUUCACUGAUCAUUUAUGUAUGGGAAAGGCCAUCUUUAAGGAGUACUUUGACAAGCCGUCCUACGUUUAUAUGGUGAAAGUUUACGGGACGAAGCACAGUGAGCAGGUGAAAAUUCAGGAUAUGUUUUGUGAAGCUGUUUUGGAAUUGCCUCUGGAUAAAUAUGACCCAUCUCACAGCGCACCAAGGUGCUCGCUGUGGAAAAACAAGUGGGAUGAAUCCGAAUGUAAAACUUUACAAAUAAGAUCAAAAACUAUACAAUGUCAAUGCGGGCAUCUGGGCUAUUACUCGUUGGAAUAUAGUGCCAUUUCUACUAGUACUGUUACCGCCAUUACGGCUGCCAUCACUACUACAACAGUGGCUGUAACUCCAAAAGUCACAAUAACUACACAACAGCCAAUAGAAAGCACGGUAAAAACAACUGUAAAGGCCUCAUCUGAGUCUACAUUGAUAACCGAAAGCCCAUCCACAACUUCUUACUCUAGCGUGGAGAGUACCACCACCAAGAUUACCACAAAAGCGCCAACACCUGUAAUAACUGAAAAAAUCAUUGAGACUACUGAAAUUCCCAAGCCGACAACAACUCUAGCCGAAAAUAAAAGCGACAAUGACAUUGCAGAAAAAUUAGCUGAAGUUGAAUAUGAAACGGUUUGCUACGUAGUAAUUGGCGCAUCGGUUAUGGGAACCUGCACUUUGCUGUUCGGAAUUAAGCGCAUACUUGCAACAACUCGCAAAGUUUAUAAGGACGACUCCGAUUUUCCACAAUAUGAAAAAUUGCCAGAUGAGGAACUUUUGGAUGACUUUUCAAUUUCAAACUAAUUGUGUUGUCUUUUUAAACUAGAUGUGAUCCUAUACUUUAGUUGCGUCUGUAUUUUCUCUGUUUAACUGUAAUUUAAAAUUAACGUUCAAUGUAUCAGGGCAUAGAUAUGAGUUUCUACAUACUUACCUAAUAAUGAUUACAGUAAUAUUCAACA